UCUUUUGAUUAUGAGCAGAUCAAAGAUUUCUAUUUUCACAUAAAGGCGCAGGAUGGAGGCUCUCCUCCGCUGAGCAGCAAUGUAACUAUAAAAAUCCUGAUCCAGGACCAGAACUGAUAAUCCACCUCAGGUUCUGUAUCCAGUCCAGACUGGUGGCUCCAUGGUGGCUGAAAUGGUUCCUCGUUCAGCAGAUGUGGGCUACCUGGUGACUAAAGUGGUGGCUGUGGAUGUGGACUCUGGACAGAAUGCCUGGCUCUCCUAUAAACUACAGAAAGCCGCAGACAGAGCGUUGUUUGAAGUGGGCUUACAGAAUGGAGAAAUAAGAACUAUCCGUCAGGUGACUGAUAAAGAUGCUGUGAAACAAAGACUGACUGUCAUAGUGGAGGACAACGGGCAGCCCUCUCGUUCAGCUACAGUCAUUGUUAACGUGGCGGUGGCAGACAGCUUCCCUGAAGUGUUGUCGGAGUUCAGUGAAUUUCCACACGAUAAGGAAUACAAUGACAACCUGACUUUUUACUUAGUGUUGGCUCUGGCUGUGGUGUCCUUCCUCUUCAUCACGUGUUUAGUGGUUAUUAUAUCAGUGAAGAUCUACAGAUGGAGACAGUCUCGCAUCCUGUAUCACUCCAGCCUCCCUGUGAUUCCAUAUUAUCCACCUCGUUACUCAGACACUAUUGAGAACAGGAACUCUGCCACAUGUGUAUAAUUACGAGGUGUGCAG